AUGGCGGACGAACCGACAGAACUCCCAAACCUUCCGAUCGAGACCAUUCGCGAGAUUCUCACCUGGCUUCCGGUGAAGCCGUUAUGCAGAUUCAGGUGCGUAUCGAAGUCAUGGAAUUCCCUAACUUUUGAUCCCAAAUUUGUGAAAAUGCACUUUAACAAAGCCCUUGAGCACGACGAUGUACUCUACCAAAGACGAAGAGUCAUGGUCAGCGACUGUAAUUCCGGCAAGUUUUACUCUUUUAACUUAGAUGAGUUUCUCAAUCAUGAUCAUAUUUAUAAUGUUGGUGGUGGUGGUGGUGAGAAUCAUGAAUUGUUAGUCACUGAAGUCGAUAGAGUCGGAGAUGUUUCGGGUUGCUAUGUUUUUUACUCUAAUGCCUUGUUGUUGUUCCAGUCAAAUGAGAGGUUUUUCUUGUUUAACCCGGUAACCAGGGAAUCCAAGGUAGUACCUGAGUUUCCAAGACUUGGUCCAUGGAGUAGAAGUUUUGGGAAGCUAUACGGAUUUGGCUUUGAUCCAUCAACCCAAGAUUACAAGAUGGGAUAUCCCUAUCAAAGUUUCCACCAUGGUAUGCAGGGAAGACUGCUGAAUGGAGGUAUUCAUUGGUUGGUUUAUAGAGACUAUAGAGAUGCAUCAUCUAUGGUUCUGUUAUCUUUUGUUUUAGCAGAGGAGGAAGUGCGGGAGAUUCCACUUCCGCCUUGUUUCAGUAUCGAGGGGGAAGAUGUUUAUUUAAGUGUCUUCAGAGAAUGCCUGUGUAUGAUACUGGGGUAUAAUGAGGAGCUUUGGGUCAUGAAGGAAUAUGGAGUGAGAGAGUCUUGGACUAAAAUAAGGAUCUCCAUCCCGCCUUGUCAGUGGUUACACUCGGGGUUCAGGAAGAAAAAUUAUGAUCUACUGCUGUUGGAAGAUGCCGAAGACAAGUUGGUUCUGCUCAAUUUUGAUGAGGACACCUUUCGCAAUCUAUCAAUUCGUGGAGUUUCGCAAGUUAUAAUGCGGUCUACUUGGAGAGCCUUGUUUCACCCAAUUACUUUGGCGUCACUGAUUGACAACCUUGAGAAUGAGACAGAUGUAGAUAGCAGAGGGGGAUCUGUUUUCACUAGAGGAACUGAGCUUCAAAACUAAAGAAUUUGCUGGUUUAGCUAUAUUCAUGCACAGUUUUUUUCAUGAUUCUGUUCAUCUUACUAUGAUACAGUGACAGCUUGCUUGUCUCUGUGCACUUUCAGAAUUGCAAAAUUCUUUGUGGAUAUCCCAAGAUGGUAGUUUGGAGAAAUUUUUGGUGCUAUCCCUGAAUUAGAAAUAGGACUGGUGGAUUUGUUGUUCGCGGUGGACAAUUAGUGUGAUUGCAUGAGUUGCUUCUACUGUGUUUCUUGUUUUCAUGUUUGCUACCCUGAUUAAAUUUCAUGCUUAUUAUGUAUCACAAGCUUCAGUCUCUCAUGCAUAUGGAUGCACAAAUAA